CGUCUAUGCCGGCAGCAGUGAUGAAUCGCAGGAGGCGCUGGCUGCUCGGUGGCUGCGAGGAGCGGCAGCUACUGGUGGCCUCUUUGUAGAUGUACUGCUGUCACUAAACAUUGGCCCAUUUGAAAGUGCUAGGGAAGCUCAGCCAUCAGUAUGUCCAAGUACAAACUGAUUAUGUUAAGACAUGGAGAGGGUGCUUGGAAUAAAGAGAAUCGUUUUUGUAGCUGGGUGGACCAGAAACUUAACAGUGAAGGACUGCAGGAAGCUCGGAACUGUGGGAAGCAACUCAAAGCUUUAAACUUUGAGUGUGAUCUUGUAUUCACAUCCAUCCUUAAUCGGUCCAUCCACACAGCCUGGCUAAUCCUAGAAGAGCUGGGGCAGGAGUGGGUUCCCGUGGAAAGUUCCUGGCGUCUCAAUGAGCGUCACUAUGGAGGCUUGAUCGGUCUCAACAGGGAGCAAAUGGCUUUGAAUCACGGUGAAGAACAAGUGAGGCUCUGGAGAAGAAGUUAUAAUGUGACCCCGCCACCCAUUGAGGAGUCGCAUCCUUACUACCAUGAAAUCUACAAUAACCGGAGGUAUAAAGUAUGCGAUGUACCUGUGGAUCAGCUGCCACGAUCUGAAAGCUUAAAGGAUGUUUUGGAGAGACUCCUUCCCUUUUGGAAUGAAAGGAUUGCUCCUGAAGUAUUAAAAGGCAAAAACAUUCUGAUAUCUGCUCAUGGGAAUAGCUGUAGGGCACUCCUGAAACAUCUGGAAGGUAUCUCAGAUGAAGACAUUAUCAACAUUACUCUUCCUACUGGAGUCCCCAUUCUUCUAGAGCUGGAUGACAACCUACAUAGUGUUGGGCCUCACCAGUUCCUGGGUGACCAAGAGGCUAUCCAAGCGGCCAUUAAGAAAGUAGAGGAUCAAGGAAAAGUGAAACGAGCUGAAAAAUAAAGUCUUUCCCAAGUGUUGGCUUGGAAUAGCUGCAAAAGGAGUGGCAUGCAGUGUGUGCCACUGGUCUCUCUCUUUUUUUUUUUUUCCUGUUUUUUCCAGAGCUAGGCUGUGGGGUAGAGUUUGUAUAGGUAACUAGAUAACUUAUGUUGGCCCAGAUAAAGGCUUUAGGAUGCCUGAGUGCUUCUGUCAUAAGCCUUAUGAGUUAGCUCUCCUGCUAGCCCUGUUUGAAUUAGUCACUAACUAGUAACUAGUGGGGCUUAAUAAAUAUCAUCAGUUUCUGAGAUGGGAGAGUAACAAGUGGAGGUAAAUUUUAAGGUAUUUGUCAUUCAAUAAAUUAUUAUCAAGUAAUCAUUGACAAGUACUACUUACUCUAAUAAGUGGUUCCCCUUUGUAUUUACUAAGACUUUCUGGGAUGAUAGUAAAGGAUAUUAGAUAAUACACUAUACUUAAGUAUUUAUUACUAGUCUUUUCCUCUAGGAAAAGUGAUACCUCGAUAGUUAAGACCAGAGGCCCAUUAAAUGGGAAAGUCGCAGAUGGGUUCCUCCAAGACAGCCAACAACAGACAACAGGCCCUUUGCCUUGUCUAUAGUCCAGAGACAUCCUUUGUUUGACAUUGGGUGGAGUUCCUCUUUGGCUGCUAGAAUUAGCAGCAUCUAGACAAUUAUAGCUGUUGUGUUCUUUUUUGUUUCAUUUUUGUUUUUUGAACUUUAAUCUUUGGGUACUUAAAAUUGGUCUAAAAAUAAAGUUCUGUGACUGAAAAUGAUAUAACCAAAGUAUGUCAAUAUGACUGAUAAAUACUAGGUAAAGGCCUCUGAACUAGUCUUUGGCUCAUAUCUUCCUGUAACACUCAAAGAGUUGCAGUUAUUUCAACUCAUGGACACUCUUAAUUCUCUAUAAAUUGAAGGUCAGGGUCAUGGGAAGGUAGAAUAUGGUGGGUGUAAUUUUAUUCACAUAGGCAGGGGAAAUGGUAUAUUGCAGCUUGUCACUUACAUUUGUUGUUCAUCAGCUGAGGGCAGAAGAUUAUAGUAUGUAGCAUAAAGUAGCCAGGGUAGGCCAUGGACAGAAUUGACUGCUUAUCAAUCUUAAUAGUACUGUUUUACACAGCAUAUUUUUAGAUGCUGUAGGUAUGUAAGUCAUCAUUUCUUUAAGCUAUUUAUUGCCUUGUUUCAAAGCAAGUAACAUAUUUCAGCAAUAAGGUCAUUUAAAAAAUUUGCAACUAUAAUAGCUGUUAUAAAUAUUUACCAUUUUUUCAUAAUUUUUCCAUUGGUGGAUUAGUUUAUUUGUAUCCAUUUUAUAGUAAAACUGACAUUAGAAGGAAACAUUCUAAAACCCUUGCUACAGUUUGGUCUCCAUUUAAUCCUUAAUUCAGGACUCAGAGCUUUGGCUGAUGAAGAUGGCAGAAAAGAAGAGAUGAACCUGGUUUGCUCACAGCUGGGCACAUCUAUAGUGCGUAAAGACACGGCAUGUGGAUGCUUUAUGUUUCUGACCAAUUACUAGUUUCUCUACUGUAGCCCUUCUUUUUAGUCCCGUUGCUUAACCAAAUAAUACUCUUUAGAAUUCAGAGAUCAGGGUCAAGAAUGCAACUAUCAGAUCUUCCUAGAAUUCCAAACUUAUGGCUAGGCUGCACGUCAGACCAUUUUUGAACAGCUUCCUCUCUGGAGUUGGCCUCAGAGUUUUCCAGCCUGAGUGUCACAUGUCUUAAUGAAGCUCAAGAUCCUAGAGUUGAAUUCCUCCCUUGUCACGCAUCUAGAUGUCAACUUCCAGGGAACGCCUUGGCAGCACGAUGUGCUUCUGCCCAGAAAGCUAUGCUUACACCCAGCCACUUUGCAAUCUUGCAGACUUCCUAAAAUAGGGAUAAUUUUUGCUGAUACUUUCUGAUGCAAUUUAGUUUUACUGUUUUUGAGAUCUUGGCUGAAAUAAAUGAAGAGACAUUUAUGAAAACUUCAUAUAAAAUUAUUUUUAACAACUCUAACACUUCAACCUAGAUCACCUGGUGAACCAGUUUUCUUUGCAUGGCUUACAACGUAUGCAGAAUUUUUGAUGAAGAAAAGGCUGCCUAAUCUGCAUCCUAAUCUUGGCAUCCUUCUGUUCUAUGUCAAAAAAAUGGGGAUUUUUUUUUUUUUUUUAAAAAAAGGUAGAAUUGUCCUUGGAAAUUUGGUCCUUGGAGAAGGCAGCCCAUCCUGCUGCCGGCUAGACAUGUCUCCUCUGCCCAGGCUAAAAUGAUUGUCCCAGUGUGGGUCCAGUGUGGUAAGAUGAGGGCAGUAGCAAGAUGCUACUCCUAGAGUUUUAAUUUUUAAAUGUCUCAGACGAGUACUGUAUCCCUGUACAUUGAGAGUUUGUUUUUCUAAAAGAGAAGUUCUGCUUCAGAAGAUGGAGGUCUUUGCAUCAUCUAGUACUAAUUUCAGCGCUGAAUUAAAAAAGCAUCCUUGGUUAGAAUGCAUUAUGUCAUGUACUUUUUCUUGAUAAGAUGUGCAAGGAAGAUUUCUUAACGUGAUCUGGCUAUUUCCAAGCUCAACCAAAUUCUUUUGCCCAAAAUUUGCAGAUUAUUUCUCAUCUUGGAUCAUGACCACUUUUAUUAAAAUGCAGUUCCUACAUGUGCACAUUAAUGACCAUGGUUAUUUGUCUUCCAGCCUGGGAAGCCUCCCCAUGCUCUAUAGCUUAGUAGGGGAAAAUGCAUUUUUUGGUUAGUGUGUGAGCCUGUUAAAACCCAUCCCUGUUGGGCAGCAAUUGGCCAGCUUGGUUGCCAAAAGCAGAAAUUUUCCUGGUCAUGUUGCCACUCCCAGGAAAGAGAAAGUCAGAGGUCAAGUACUUCCCCCACCCGCUGUUUCUGCUGUGUAGUUAUUGUUCUUUAUUUCCCUAGCCCCUUAGUGUUUAUGACAAAAUAGAGUAGGGGAAACAGCUUAACCAGACAGAAGAUUCACGAUCCCCAGUGUCAUUUUUAAUUCAUUUUUAUGCUUUUACAAGUGUGAAGUCUCUUCAAAGUGCAGCUUCCCUCUUACCUGGAAAGCCUUUCAUAAGUCCUUCUUCCGUCAGAAACACACCAAAAUUGCCUCAACAUCAUAGAUCCUGAUCGUGUUUCCUGUUUCUAUCUUUUGCAUAAUUGGGUUUUGCAAGUUUCUAGCUCUCCUAUAUAACACCAUUCGUUGUGUUAAAUCAUACCUUGCCUCACAGCAGAUCUGGCUGUGGCAGAUGCCAUGUUAUGCUAUAGCCUGAGGGUUUUCACAUUGGACUAUGAGGAGAAUUGAAACCACCGAUCCCAAGGGCAAUAUGAAAUGUCCAAAAUAUAUGAAUAUUUUAUCAUCCAAUCUCCCUCUUAUGGCAAAGUUAUUUGGCAAAAUUAUCAGAAUUUAAGUCACUCUUUUUCCACAAUUAGUAAAGUUUAUUUAUUGGAGGAUGAUCUAGCUAUCUAGUCUAGCCUUUAAGACUCUGGGACCUUAAAUUGCCAAAAAAAUGUAAGUUCCGUAGACGAUUUUUAAGGAUAGGCUAGAGUGUCCCCAUCACUUUCUAGGUACACAUAAUAGAGCCAUAUUGUACUUACUUGCCUUUUAUUUAGGUUGGGGCUGGCGGUUUAAGCUUACACUUACUCUAAUUUGACAGGAGUGCCUUUUAAGAACUCUUGUUGUUGUAAAAAACUUGAAGCAUCCACAGAAGCAGAGAGUAUAAGUAGCACAAAGAACAGUGAUAUUCCCAUCACCCAACUACCACCUCAUUACCUUAUGACCCCUGUUACGGAUAUGUCCUCACACUCUUCCCCCCCUGCCCCAGAUUAUUUUGAAACAAAUGACAAACAUCAAGCAGGAUAGAUUUUGAAAAGGAAAACAGCUUAAAUAGUCUUUGAUCAGUUAAAAUGGAAGCCAUCAGGAAUCAGUCCUGAACUUGGUCCUUGCUGGUACUCCAGAGAAACCAAAUGGCAGCCAUUGCCAAGCUGUCCAAUUCAAGUCUUGACUGUAUGUAGUCUGUAUUAUCUCUGGCUGUUGUCUAGAGACCUGUUAGUCUGUUAUGUGUGACUUCUGCAGGAUAAUGGCUAAUAACCCUGUGUUAUUGGUUUUGAACCAGUGAUAUUUAUAUGAACGUGAGUAUGCGUGUGUGUGUGUUUUCCUC